ACAGUUAAAAAGGACGGAUACACUCUCUUAAUGUCUUCCCUCAUGUAUUUUUCAUGCUGGUAAAUCCUCUCCGGUCGGCCCGUGCAGCUCCGGGCUCCCGCAACGUUUAACGGCAUUCAUGGACCCAAACCCUCCGCUGUCUGCUCCUCUUUAACGGACUGCAGAGGCUGUAUCAUCGCGGGACUCGAGCCCUGGAACUUCUUCUUUUUCUCUUUCUUUUCCCCCCUCCGCGUCAUGUCUUUUGGCACCAGCACAAAAACGGGCUUCUCCGUGAGGGAUAUCCUGGAUCUCCCAGACUCGACCGGGAGAUGCGGCUCCGGGACCGAGGAGACUGAGGAGGACGACACCGAGGAGCCCUCCGCGGAGGUGUCAGGGGCGGAAAACGCGCAGAAAUUGGGAUUUAGCGGCCGGAGUUUGUGCGGGCGCGGCGGCAGAAGCUACGGCAGGUGGAGCCGCGGAUCCGGUAACCUGCACUUCUCAUUACACGGCAUUUCCUUGGACUCCCGCAUCGAGUCAAAAUCUCCCGAGCUCUCUACAGACGAGUCCCCGGACGCGGAGAGGGAUCCUGCGGGCGGCACUGCGCAGAAGAGCCGCGGUAGAAAGCGGCGGGUCCUCUUCUCCAAGGCGCAGACCUUUGAGCUGGAGCGCCGCUUCCGGCAGCAGCGUUACCUGUCCGCCCCGGAGCGAGAACACCUGGCCGGGCUGAUCCGCCUCACCCCGAACCAGGUGAAGAUCUGGUUCCAGAACCACCGCUACAAGAUGAAGCGGUCCGAGCACAGCCUGCAGGCGCUGCCGCUCCUGCCGGCGCGCCGGGUCGCCAUCCCGCUGCUGGUGCGGGACGGGAAGCCCUGUGAUCGAAUCACAGCGCAGGAGCUGGAGGUGACGCUCAGGUCCGGCCUGAGCCUGCCUCUGUGUGCCUACUCCCCGCUGCUGCACCCCGCGUACGGCCCGGAGCAUCCCGGGCUGCCUCAGCAGCACCCAGGGGUGCAGCAGCUGGCGCACAUGUACCACUGGAGCUGGUGAGGCCCGGGCCAAAACUUUUACUGAGGGACAGGAUCUCUAAAACACCAAGAAGUCCACUUUAGAAGCUCGAGUUCGGCCUUAAAAAUUAUGUUUAAAUUCGCAAAAAAAUGUCAUUAUUGGAAAAGUGAGAAAAUUACAUAUUUCUGAAUAGAGUUUGGUUUGUGCCAGGAUGUGAGAAAAUGAAAAUGUUAAAGUUUUUUAAGCUUAAGAUUUUCUAUGAGUUGAUAUGACCAGAUUUAGGUCAUUCACUCCUGUAAUGGCGAACUCCCUUUAAAAUGUGACCCUGUUCUGUCUCGUACAGCUUGGGAAAAUGAUCAAUUUUAAUUUUUAUCCACACAGAUAACAAAAGACUUUUCCCCCACCCUGACGCGCAAAACGUCUAAAACUAAACUCCUUGUUACAUAGCCUAUGGGAAUUAAAGUCAAACUGAUCCUAAAACAGAUCAAACCAAACCUUUUCUUGUUUUGGGGGGAGGACUGUGGGUUUGUUUUGUUGUUGUUUUCGUUGUUGUUUCAGCAAAAGUGUCACUUUUAAAUGUUUUCCCGUGUUUUAUAAAUCUAUUUAUAAUGUUGACCGGUGAGUUGUUUUGUAAUAAACUGGAUAUUUAUGAUGGUGAAUAAAAGUUGAAGCAGG